GCCGCCGCAGUAGGGAACCUAGGAAACAGAACUCGUUUGAAGAUAAAUACAAUCCAUUAGAAAGAGAUUGAAGUUAAAAAGAAGGUUGGUCUCGACUUUGAGACAAUCUUGCAGUAAAAGUUUACAAGGAGCAUCGUCAGUAUCCUCUUUUGUAUCCUCUUUUGCAUCCUUUACCAUGUUUUUUACAUUAAAAACAAUACUUUGUUUGUAUUCAGUUCUUUUUUUAUGGAAAUACAUGAGCAUUAGGUCACGUGUGAUACAAGAAAGAAAAGUACGGCUACACGGCGGAGCUCCAGAGUAAUCAGAAACCACCAGAGGCGAGAACACAAAACUCGGAGAUUCCUGUGAACUUCAAUCUCACUGAUAAGCUCGGGAGAUCGCCGCUCUCUGUUCUCAGCGGAAACGCUCUUCCUCUGUUUCCCAUUUCAGACGGCGACCUUGAUCUCGAAUACAUCUCUCUGAGUGGCACACGACUGAUCUGCUCGUCUGAUGGCUCUUUCUGCUUUGUCUCGCCAAUGUAAACACCAUGUCUUUCCUAGCUUCCACGGGCCAGAUGUCCGUAGAGGCUUUCUCAGCUACUUACUGAAGGAGUUCAAAGAGAAAGGAAUCGACGUCUUCAUAGACAAUGACAUAGAGAGGAGCAAGUUGAUUGGUCCCGAGCUCACUGAAGCUAUAAGAGGAUCGUUAAUUGCACUUGUCUUGAUCACGAGGAACUACGCUUCAUCAGCCUGGUGUCUGAACGAGUUGGUGCAGAUCAUGAAGUGUUGGGAAGAAGAUAAGCAGACCGUGCAGGUGAUUUUCUAUGAAGUGGAUCCAUCUGACGUGAAAAAUCAGAAGGGAGACUUUGGAGCUGUCUUUCAUAAAACUUGUGCAGAGAAAUCAACGGAUGAAGUUGAGAGAUGGAGACAAGCUUUGCAGAUUGUGGCUCAAAUCGCUGGUUACCAUACAAGCAACUAUGAUGAUGAUGUGGUCAUGAUUGAAACAAUUGUUACCGAUAUUUCGAACAAGUUCAAUGAUUCCACAACAUCAAAUGAUUCCAACAGCUUGGUUGGGAUUGGAACUCAUAUCAAGGAGAUAGAGUCAUUGUUGUCCUUUGAAUCCGAUGAAGUCCGGAUGGUUGGUAUCUGGGGUCCUGCUGGAAUUGGUAAGACGACCAUCGCCAGAGCUUUAUUUAGAGAGUUCUCAAGUAAGUUUACACAUGCUGCUUUUAUUGAGAGUAUCAAAGGAAAGUUUGAGCAAAACUAUCGAGACAAGCACGCCUUCAUGUUGCAUUUACAAGAACAACUUUUGUCUGAGACCUUAAAUCAGAAAGAUCUUAAAAUAGGUCAUUUGGGUGUGGCAAAAGCAAGGCUGAAGGACAAGAAAGUGCUUGUCGUUCUUGAUGAUGUGGAUGACUUAAAGCAGCUAGAAGCCAUGACUGACAAAACUUGCUGGUUUGGUCCUCAAAGUAGGAUUAUCAUCACCACAAAGGAUAAAAAGCUUUUGGUAGCACAUGAGAUCAACCAUAUUUACCAAGUGGGUUUUCCAUCUACAUCUGAAGCUCUUGAAAUUCUCUGUUUGUCUGCUUUUCGUCAAAAUUCACCGUCAAUUGGGUUUGAGGACAUGGCCAUAGAAGUUACACGGCUUGCCGGUCAUCUUCCUUUGGGUCUACGUGUUUUUGGCGCAUAUCUACGAGGAGUGUCCAGAGAUCAGUGGAUACAUGCAUUGCCUAGCCUAAGGAUGAGUCUUGAUGGGGAGAUUGAGAAAGUAUUAAGGUUCAGCUAUGAUGCUUUAUCCGAGGAAGUUCAGGAAUUGUUUCUUCAUAUAGCAUGUUUUUUCAAAGGUGGGCACAUUAAUGACGUGGUGGAGUGUCUUGCGGACGGUCUUUUGAACGUCAACCACGGGCUCCAAAUGUUGGUGGAUAAAUGUUUCAUAUCUUUACAGGAGCGGAGAUGGUUGGUGGUGCAUAAUUUGCUGGAGAAAUUGGCCAAAGAAAUUGUUCGUAAACAGUCGGUUUCUGAUCCUGGGAAACGUCAGUUCUUGGUGGAUGCUCAGGACAUUUGCGAUGUACUCGAGGAAAAUGCUGGCACUAAAUCUGUUCGAGGAAUAGAUUUUGACUUAUCGGAGGUCAGGGAAGACUUAAUUAUUGACGAGCAAGCCUUUAAAGGGAUGUCUAGGCUCCAGUUCUUAAGAUUCCGUAGAGGGAGUGUGUAUGAAAACACCAAACUUCUCUUACCGCAGGGUCUGAAAUUUAGAGCUAGUAAACUUAGAUUUCUUGAAUGGGAUCAGUUUCCACUGACAUGUUUUCCUCGUGAGUUUCAACCGCGGUGCCUUGUCAAACUCGUGAUGAGGCACAGCAAGCUUGAGAAGCUGUGGGAAGGACCUAUUCCGCUCCCAUGUCUGAAGUUGAUGGACCUGACUCAUUCCUUCUACCUCAAAGAACUUCCGGAUCUGUCUAAUGUCACUAAUCUUGAGGCACUGAAUGCUUGUUUUUGCUCAACUAUGUCGAAGAUCUCGUUCAUUGGGAAGUCCACUAGUCUGGAGGAAUUGCAUCUAGCUGGUUGCUCCAAGUUGAUAGUGAUCCCCUCUUCCAUUGGGAAUGCCAUUAAUUUCAUGACGUUGAAUGAUUGCCGGGCUCUGGUACAACUCCCAUCCUCUAUUUGGAGCCUCAAGAAGUUAAAGAAGCUGGGAAUUGCAGGAUGCGCAAAGCUGAACCAUUUUGGGUCACAGUUGAGAAGCUUUCCUGAUGUUUCGGGAAACAUUACAGAAUUCGAUAUUAGUGAUACAGCGAUGGAAGAAUUUCCUUCAUCAAUCAUGGCUUUUUCGUGUCUUCGUAAACUCUCAACAGAGAUUGCCGGAAACCUCAAGGUGUUUCCAGAUGUUCCUGACACCAUCGAAGUAUUACAGUUGCACCAUACGGGGAUAGAAGAAAUUCCUCCAUCGAUUCAGAAUCUCUCACGUCUCACUGAACUGAGCAUGCCUCUCUGCAAGAAGCUAAAGGUCCUUCCUACCAACGUCAACCUGCAAUCUCUCUCUCGACUUGAUCUCAGUUCCUGUACACAAUUGAGAACGUUUCCAGAGAUAUCUACAAGCAUUAGAUAUCUUGAUCUGAGCAAUACUGCUAUAGAAGAAGUCCCUUCGUCCGUAUGGUCUUGGUCCCAUCUUCUUGAAUUGAACUUGGAAGAUUGCCGCAGCUUUCGGGUGCUCCAUAGUUUUCCUGACAACAUCGAAGAGUUGGACUUGGACUUGAGCAAUACGGUCUCAGGUGGUGAUUUACGUAUAAACCUCAAAGGGUGCAAGAAUCUUGUGUCAUUGCCCAACAUUCCGUAUUUCGUAUCACUCCUUGAUGCAUCUAACUGUGAGUCGCUGGUGAGAAUAGAUGGCUUCUUUACCAAUCCAGAGAGACGUCUCAGCUUUGCUAAUUGUUUCAAGCUGAGCGAAGCAGCGAGAGAACUCAUCGAGGAAUCGGAUUACAAGUUUGCGCUCUUACCUGGUGGAGAACUGCCUGCAGACUUUGAUCACCGAGCAAGAGAGGGUUUACUAACUGUCAAUUUGGAUCAGAGCCCUCUUCCUUUAUUCUUCAGAUUUAGAGCUUGCCUUUUACUGCCUGGCCACUAUAUAGAAAACAAGCAUCCUUUUGGGUAUACUUUUGGGCAUGAUAAGGACGAUAAAUGGAUGGGUAGCAAGAGGCUUUCAUGUGACAUCUGGUGCGUUCAGAAUGGCGUCGAUAUUGGACAUGGAUCAUGCAAAUACCGGCUAACAGCAAGCUUCAUUUCACUUAGAUCCAAGGAGCAUCUGUAUUUCUUGAAAUCUUCCAUUUCACUAAACCUUCCUGAAACAGAUGUGAAUUUCAGCGAGCUUCAUUUUGAGUUCAAGAUCUCUGGUAAGAAUGUAAAAGACUUUGCGGUACAACUCUUGGAAGACCCUGGUGUUCAUGAUGAGGUUAGAAUGCACGGGGACGUUGAGUUGGUGCCGUCUCACGUACCGGAUUCAGCCGGGGGGCGGGUACGGCACGUGUACUCCUUUAAACGUCAACGUCUCGAGUAAUGCAGGGACGGCGAGGACUCAAAUGGGGACGGAUUGGUGAGUUGACGGAGACGUCUCCGAAACGUUUCUAAGCCAUAUUCUUGUUUUUUUUUUGCUUGAUAUAUGAUUAAGAAAGGUUUAGAUUAAUCAUUUACAUGUUGAAAGCAAUUAAAAAUGAGAUGAUGGAACCAUAGAAUCAAGUAAAAAAAGCUAUGGUAGCCAUAGAUUAAGUUUCAAAUGGUGUGGAGAAGAUGAAGGAUUGAAGGGUCAAUGGAUGAAGAGUACAGAGAGCAGAACAGAGUUGGGUGCAUUAGAGCUAGGUAGGCAUUCUUGUUUAAAAUAGACCAGAAAAGCUUUUUGAUUUUACUUUUACCUCUUUGGUCUAUGGCAUUAAGCAUGUACAUAUCAGUGAGACUAUCAGUUUGUUUGUAUUUUGAAGCAUCUACUGUAAGCAAAUAUUGGUCAAAAUGACAUGUCACAGCACUAUUCAUUUGGGAACAAGAAUGCAUGUUUCUCCACUGAUCUGAUCCGAUUCGGAGUAUUGUAUUUGAUCAGAAGUCGAUAUUUUUUUUUAACUAAUGGGCCUGACGUAAAACUAAAUGGGCCUAGUUAGAUAGGCUUAACAUCCGACACACUAAAUGUGCAAUAGGGAAACGUCUCGUCUCGUCUUUAUCAAAUCAGCUUUUGCCUGUAAGCUUCGCCGUCGCCAGAUGGAUCGACCGCCGUCGUUUCCUCCCUACCAAAACCCCAAUCCAAAUUUCUUCCACCGAGCUCAUCCUCCUCCUCCUCCUCCGCAAAAUUCCAACACUUACUCAAUCCCUCCAUCUCCGCCACCGAUUCGCGAGCUCUCCGGCACACUCUCCUCUCCACAGUCUCUAUUAUCAGAAUGUCAACGCACCUUAGACUCCCUCUCGCAAAAUCUAUCUCUAGACCACUCUUCUCUUCUCCACAAGGACGGUUUCGUUCGUUGCCCUUUUGAUCCAAAUCACCUCAUGCCACCUGAAGCUCUCUUCCUCCAUUCACUCUGUUGCCCGAAGCCUCUCGAUCUCACUCACCUCCUCGGAUCGUUCAGUAGCUACCGAAACACGCUCGACUUACCGUGUGAGCCAGAGCUGAAUGGUGAUCUCUGUUGCACAACUUCUUCUACAACGAUUGCCCUGGCGCUGUUAACUUCUCCGAGCUCGAUGGUAAAACGCGACGUUUUACACUUCCUAGUGUUCUUUAUGUUGAAUGCGGCGAGUUUGAAGGUUCUUCCGUGUGUUGGAGAAAUCGUUAGGGCUCUUACCGUCUGAUGUUUGUGUGAUAAAGAAUGAGAUUGGAGGAUGGAGAGAUUAUCCAACUUCGUAUUCUUACAGUGUUCUUUGUUCGAUUCUAGGUUCAGAAGCGGUUGAAAUGAGUGAGUUGAGGACAUGGAUUCUGGUGAAUUCGACGAGAUACGGUGUUAUAAUGGAUACAUACAUGAGGGAUCAUGUUUUCUUGCUGUUUAGGUUGUCUAUGAAAGCUGCUGUCAAGGAAGCUAGUGUUUUUAUAUUAGAGUCUGAUGCUAAUGCAGUUGGUGGGGAGCGGAUUUUGAGCUGCAAUAGCAGAACAAGGUUGGUCUGUCUGACUUUGAGACAAUCUUGCAGUAAAAGUUGACAUGAAGCAUCGGCAGUACCUUUACCAUGCUUUUACAUUAAAAACAAUACUAUGUUUGUAUUCAGUUCUUUACUUAUAGAAAUACAUGAGCAUUAGGUAA